CCACAAUGCCCAGAUCCUGUCCCCAUUCUGUCUAUCACUGAGUCUGUAAUACAACAUCUCGACUUGUCCAAGCCAGAUCCCAGCUCCCGACUCAUGCGGGCCCAGCACCGCUCUCUCUCCCCUCCCAUCCCUUCCACGCCCAGGACCACAUCACCAGAACAAUGAGCACCGCACCAGGCUAUCCAGAGGGGUACCAGUUCGCAGAAGGACCCCUGGGCUCCAUCAUUGACGCGCGCGUGACCGACGUCUUCCAGAAAUGGGGCUUCGUCAUCAUGCGGGGCGCGUACGACAACGACGCCCAGUGGGACACUUUCAUGGGCCUCUUUCGAGCAAGCCUCCUGGACGAGCUCCACGAUUUCGAGCUGGAGGCCGAGCUGGGGCCCGAUCUCGAAAUCACCGUGAUCGAAGACCGCGCGGUCCUCGAGAACGCCCGCAAGGAUGCCGUCCGGCCUCGCUUCCUCAGGUGGGUGGACGCGCGCUCCGUCGAGCGCGACGGCGAAGGCGCGGAUGCGCCCAAUUUGGUCGAAGACCUGCCACGGUUCAAAUACUGCGUCUACGUCGAUCAGGUGUGCCUCAACAGCCUAUCUGUCUCGCCAGUUGAUGGGACGCCGGGCGCGCCGUGGUGUCUCAAGGAGGGACAAAUCAUCGUCAUCGACGCUACCGGUGCUGAAAGCUACGAGCCUUCUGCGGAAGGAGGGUACGAGCCAGUCGAAGGCAACGCAUCCUUCAACGUAGGGUGGGCGUACUUUGACAUCCAUGGUCUCACGGAGAUGUACGCGGAACUCUGCGACAACUCCGGCAACGAGAUGUGGUACGCAUCGUAUACCGGAAAUCGUCCCUACAAACAGCCAGAGUUUGAUCCCCGGUCUGGCAGACCGCUGUCAGAGGUUCCACAGGGCGUGUCGUACGGCAGACGCGUUAGGGGCAACGACGAGGUGUAAACUCCCAGGGUGCCUGAGCGCCAGGCUGGUGUUCCUGGCAUCACACGUGCAAGAGGGCUUCGCACUUGCGGCAAGAGGUCACGUCCUACAUUGCGAUUCAGGUGAUCUAGACUCUAUCCACACAAAACCUUCAUGGCCUGCUCCGCUCGGAAGCUUGAUGCGUCGGCUCGAUCGCGUCUACUUGUCCGUGUCUUGGUCGCCACUAGACUCGCCUCUGCAGUGGCCACGGGAACAAGCACUAGGCACUAUUUUGGCCUAAUUAUACAUUGAACCAGAUACCAGUGUCUUUUAGGAAACAUCAAGUCAACUCUGAAUUGAUUUCAUCUA